AUGUCAGUGCCUACAACUGAUAGUACAGAAGCAAUUACAAAUUCCGGUUACGGAAGCAGCGAUGAGACAGCUAGUUUACUUGUAUCAGGGCCAGCUGUAACCGUUAUUAUUCCAAAUGAGAACAGGAGUGUGAAACCAGUCCUUCAACGCCAGGACUGCACUACACAUUUACGUCCUCAACUCUCCGGUGGACCAGGCAGCGAAGAAAGCGCUGCUUCGGUUAGAGUAGAAGAUGGGACAACUAGAAGUGUUCCCGAUAUAGAAUUACAAUGUAGAGACCAAUGCGAACGUCCUCAAACUUUGGUAUCGCCCGUUGCGAUGUGUUCACACCGCGGGUCCGUUACAUGUCAGCUAGUUCCACACACUUGCAAUAGAUGUCGUGCUUGUGAACGACGUCAGUCAACAGCACCAAUGUCAUCGUUACACCUAGCGCGAUCUGUAUCACGUGAAAGUGUUCGAUCCGGUCUACACUACCCAUGUGGAUGUAGUUCUCUACACGCCGUAAGCGCGUGUCCCGUAAUACAACCUCCAGCGCUAUUACUACCAACCACAAGCAACAGAAUCAUUCGACAAAGUUCUCAGCCGGAAUCUAGCGCAUGCGCGGCGCACUGUGCUCACCAUAGUCACCACCCUAGCGCCUCUCUGCGGCAGCUACGGGAACCAGGAGAUGGAAUUGCAGGAAUCGCGGCAGACUCGCUCAGAAUCAACGGCGGAAUGCGGCCAUUUAAACAGGGACUGCUCCUCUGCCCACAAACCCUGUCGCAGACCCGUCGUGCUCGGCUCAGGCGUGCAUUCACUGAGGCCACGGGAGAUACAGUAACCUACGUCCGAACGGUGGGCCCCUUUUUGACACGACUGUACAAUAUUAUUUGUACUUUUCUAUUGGUUGUGGAUACUAUUAGAAAAAUACAAGUCAGGCUUUUGUUUUUAAUUGAGCAGUGA